GUCCCCGACGCGACUCGCCCCACCUCGCUCCGCCUCCGCCGCUUCCGCCUCCGCCUCCCUUCUUCUUCUCCCCCUCGGCUUCGAGGGUUUUUUUUUCUCUUUUUUUUCUUAUUUCUUUUUCUUAUUUUUUGUUUCGGUUUUAUUUUUCCUUUUCGGCGUUGGGGCGUUUGCUCCCCGACCGAACCCUAAUAAUCGUCCCUGACCCGGGGGACGGGGGCAGAGCCGGCGGGCGAUCGUCGGCAUGCAGCAGCAGCACCAGCAGCGGAUGAAGCAGGCGGCAGCGGCCGCUGCGGCGGCGGCAGCGCAGCAGCAGCAGCAGCUGAUGCAGCAAGCUCUGCUCAUGCAGCACGCGGCGCAGCAGCAGCCGCCCAUGUUCCCAGGGCAUCACCCGCACCCCGGCCUCCUCGCCGCGCCGCAGAUAGAACCAAUUGUUAGUGGAAACCUUCCUCCUGGGUUUGAUUCAAGUACAUGCCGCAGCGUGUAUGUUGGCAAUAUCCAUCUUCAAGUGACGGACACUCUACUGCAGGAAGUCUUCCAAAGUAUUGGUCCUGUAGAAGGGUGCAAGCUCAUCAGAAAAGAAAAGUCAUCCUUUGGUUUCAUUGACUACUAUGACCAUAGAUUUGCUUCACUUGCAAUUGCAACUCUCAAUGGCAGACAACUGUUUGGUCUGCCAAUAAAAGUCAAUUGGGCAUAUACAAGUACUCAGAGGGAGGAUACAUCAGGCCAUUUUAAUAUUUUUGUUGGGGAUCUUUGCCCAGAGGUCACUGAUGCUGCUUUGUUUGCUUUUUUCUCUGGAUACUCCACCUGCUCAGAUGCUAGGGUUAUGUGGGACCAGAAAACGGGUCGAUCCAGAGGGUUCGGUUUUGUUUCUUUCAGGAAUCAGCAGGAUGCCCAAAAUGCGAUAAAUGACUUGAAUGGGAAGUGGCUUGGCAACCGCCAAAUUCGUUGCAAUUGGGCAACGAAAGGUGCCAAUGCUGGUGAAGAGAAACAAACUGUGGACUCCAAGGUUGGCCUGACAAAUGGCUCAUCAGAAGCUGGAAAAGAUAAUGCAAGCGAAGAUGGUCCCGAAAAUAACCCACAGUUUACAACUGUUUAUGUUGGCAAUCUUCCUCACGAGCAGGCCAACAGCAAUGAUGUGCACCGAUUUUUCCAUUCACUUGGGGCUGGAUCAAUUGAGGAGGUCCGUGUAACACGUGAUAAAGGUUUUGGCUUCGUGAGAUUCAGCACCCAUGAGGAAGCUGCACUAGCAAUUCAGAUGGGUAAUGGCCAAGUUAUUGGCGGGAGGCAGAUAAAGUGCUCCUGGGGAAGCAAGCCAACUCCACCAGGGACAUCAUCUGCGCCACUGCCCCCUCCGGCACCGGCUCCAUUCCCUGCAGGCGUGUCGGCGACUGACCUCCUGGCCUACCAGCGCACCGUCGCACUGAGCAAGAUGGCUGCGAACCCAGCCCUAAUGGGACAGCAUGCCCUGAAGCAGGCCGCUUGGGGGAUGGACGCCGGAGCUAGCUUGGCUAUCUACGACGGCGGAUUCCAGGGCGUCAACGCCAACGCGGCAGCGACCCAGCAGCAGCAGCAGCAGCAGCAGCUCAUGUACUACUAGAGUGAUGACUACUCCAUGAGGCACCAGCUACCUAUGCCUUCUUGAUGAAGGCGAGGAUGAUGCCCCCACCCCUUAUAUAUACAUAUAGUAGAUGAAGCCUUACCAGGACCUUUUUUUUCCUUCCUAAUUUUCGUUGUCAUCCAAGUAACUCGCCCUCUCUCUGCCGGCUAUAUACCUCCGUAGAAUAUCGAAACCAAGCUUGGGUGGCACCCUAGCUUGUUAGUAUAUUCUUUCUUUGUUUGGAUUAUCUUCUAUUUUGCUUCUUUUUAUUACUAAUUACUCGUGUACCGGAUGAUGAGCGGAGUUUUGCAGACUCUAUACAUCUAUACUCCUGGGUGAGUUGGGGUAGAUUUGAACA